AUGUCGGAGAUCAGCCAGAUCGGCCGGCUUUGUGCAAACGAGCGCUGUAAUUUCCUGGUGACCUUCGAAGAAAGUGGUGGCUUCUGCUGCAAGCGCUGCUACACGAACCAUGUCAGGUUCGAGGUUCGGUGCGUUUGUGAGCGAGGCCACGGCGAGAAGUGUGAAAAGAAGGAGGCACGAACCACGGACAUCCCGAGAGCAGAUCCGGUGAAACCGAAGGAUCCGCUUCCUGCGGAGGCCACAAGCAAAGCUGCGAUGAAACUUCAGAGCUACGCACAGCUCAAAGACCUGCGGUGCAAGAAAUGCAAAGCUGCAACACCCGAACUUGACGAGGCUUCGGCGAAGGAGCCGUUUUACAUGAAGAAGGUUGUCGAGAAACAGCAGCGGCGAUCGAUGGCCGAGGGUCCGAAGGAACCGCCGCAACCCCCACCGGGGCUACGGUCGUGGCCUGACGACAGACAGAGCUCUUCGAGGCGACCGGAAGCCCAAUGGCGACAAGAAGCCCGGCGGAAUUUUUCCUCUGAAGAUGCCUGCAAAGAAGAAUAUUCCGACGGAUGUGGGCUGAAGUCCAGGCGACCGGAAGCCCGGCGGCGACGAGAAGCCCUUCGGAAAUCCGUCUCUGAAGAUGAGCGCGAAGAAGAAUAUUCCGACGGAUUUGUGCGGAACUCCAGGAACGGGAAGUCGAUGUUUGGGGAGCCCCGUAUGGUCGGCGGAUGCCGCGCAAGGUCGGUUGCAGCCUGGUCGAGGAGUCGCACCCGCUCUCCCCAGAGCCCGAAGCCGGCGUUUGGGCAGCCCCGUAUGGUCAGCGGUGGUGGCAAAAGGCCAUCUCCUCCCGUGCGUGGCUCACGGGAGGCAUGUGAAGCAGCCUACGAGGUCACGGGGGAGUCGGCGUCCGAGUCCGGCGAGGACUCGAGCAGAGAGCCUUCCCAGAAGCUUCCUCGUCGCAGCGCCGAUAUCUCAGAGGGCCACUCUUCGAGCAGCAAAGCUGGCAGUUUGGAGAAGAUGUUCGACCUUCGUUUCGAGCCUGGAGCGGAAGCCCGCUUGGAAGAGUUCUAUGAGAUCGCCGAGCGUAACACCGCGAGAAACCUGGAGAAGGGCAAGUAUUCUGUUGCUGACUUGCGGUUCCGCGCCAGGUGCCGAGCGAGAGACCCACAUGCUUCGAGCUCUACGCCCGGAGUGACCGUGGCACAGUCGUGGCUGGUGACGGGGUGCCCAAAGAAGGCAGACGUUGAGUUUCUUGUUUGCCAGGUCUGCUUCUCAGGCUGGGAGGUGGCCUAG